AUGGGCGCCGCCAACGACUUUGCCCACCGGGCGAUGGGCACCAUCCUGGCAAGCUGGUUAUGGCUCUAUGCUGUGGCAAUUCUGAUACUCGCUCUUCGUGAUCGGCACGGUCCGAUCGUGCGGACUGAUCCCUACCCCGUGUCGUUCAAUACAGCGCAAGGGUUCAAGGAAGUCUACGGGUCUCAACCGGGUGUGGCCCAGUUUCCGAGAGACCUCAAGACCUACGGGCCUAUGAUCCCUACUCGCGACUCCGUUUGGGGUCCCAUCAGCAAUGAGGCUCACCGCCGACAAUGGCGCCUCUUGGCGCAUGCAUUUUCCGACCGCGCACUUCGCGAACAGGAGCCGCGGGUUUCCUCGUUCAUUGACCUGUCCAUUUCGCGACUGCGAGACCUCGCUCACCAGAGUACGGACAUAGACAUCAGAGCGUGGUUAGAGUUCGCCGCCUUUGACAUCACGGGUGACUUGAUGUUUGCUGAGACAUUCGGCUGCCUGCAGGAUGGCCAACCCCAUCCCUGGAUGGAGUUCAUCUUCAAUAGUGUUAAGGGCUCAGCCAUUCUCAGUGCCAUCCACCAAUCUCCGGCGCUCGCGAUGCUGCAGGAGGCCUGUACGCCGGCGUGA